AUGGAUCCUAAAGAAUCAGACGAUUCCGGGCCUAGCUCCAACCUGCUCUUCAUCAAUUCAACCGAAUCUGCACGCGGUAAGCCGCGGGAUUCGCAGACCAAGCGCCAGAUUCGGCAGCAUGUCAUGCGAGAUAUUGGCAAGGCUCGCCGCAAGCCACCCAGGAACCCGCAGGUGAAGCUGCGUGUGCGAUCUGCAGAGCCGGCGGCGGAACCGUCUUCUUCCGCUUCUUCUCUUACUGCUCCUACAAAUACGGGAGCAACGGACCCUGGCGAGAGCCAGCUCAUCCCGCUUCUGCAACCAGAACAACAGCAGUCACAAUAUGGAAAAGAACCGCAGCCUCUCCCCCCCCUGGCUCGUCCGUUCUGGGACCAGCAUCCCCUGGCCGUCAUGCAAAAUUCCUGGGGCAUGGACGCCUUUGCAGCAUAUGGUCUGGCCCUGGCAGCCUCUUGGGAUUGUGUGAGAAACCCUCGUAGACGUCGUUUCUGGUUCCCGUUUGCCUUCAAGGAUCCCGGCUUCUGCCGCAAACUCCUCACAGGCCCCGAAGUCCGCGCUGCUGUUCGCUCCCAGACGAUGGAAAGGAGCAUCACCUUUGCCCUGGCACGUUCCACAGAGGUCGUGGCCUGCAUCGAAUCAAAGCUGAGGGACCCUGAUCCUAACAUGGCCGUGGCCAAUAAUGUUCUCCGGGGCGUCAUGGGUUGCAUCUGCUACAACUACAUUGUUGGAGACUUGGAUCAAGCUCGCGUCCAUUUGAAUGGACUCAGACUCCUGAUUAACAGGAGAGGCGGAAUAGACAAGCUCUCCGAUGACCAAGACUUGGUCAUGAUGGUCUUUUGGAUCGACACAAUCGCCUCUCUACUCUUUGAACAAAGACCCUGGUUUCCAAUGCCGUCACGACUACCUCCAAUCUCCACUCUCCCACUCCAUGAUUCCCCCGAUAUCCUCAGCGCCCUGCCAUUCCAUCUCAGCAGCUUGUGUCCCGACCUCAACGCCCAUCAACUAUGCGUCGUCUCUGCCCUACAAGACAUAGCAAGCCUUGCCGGCGCCGUCCAAUGGAAACUAGCUGCCCGGGGUGAAGACCUAUGGAAAGAAGAAAUCUUCCUCGGUACACGACUCAACCCCAUCGCAUAUCGUCUCAUGGACACUCCUCCUCACCCUCAUCCCGAUAUGCCAUGCAUCUUUAUUGAGACUCUUCGCUUGGGCGCACUUCUGUGGAUCCUACAGGUCAAAAACAUGGCUCAAGCUUAUCCAGGCACGCCCGCCACAUAUGUCACCAAACUACUGCACCUCCUCCAAAACCACAGCAUCGAGAACCUCGUCUCAGCAUCAUCCUACUACAUUCCCUUCCAGCUCUGGCUCCUACUGCUCUGUGCAACCAUGUCAGAAGUCCCCAGUGAAAAAGCUAAUGCUCUGGAGACGGUUUCCCGCAGGAUGAACGAAUACGGCUGGGAGUGGGAGGAAAUGAUGACGAAUGUCAAGCAACUUCCGUGGAUACCUGGAUUCGAAGCCCAUGCCCCGACUAUUGCCACUCAAGUCCAGCUGUUGCGAAGUAUGAUAUGA